AUGUUAGUCCAAAAUGUCGACUGCGGUGUGUGCGGUGUGCGCGGUCACCGCACCCACGACCACUGGCGACAUGCCCAAGGCAGCGCCAAUGCCGGGCAAGGAGCCCCAGUCAUCAACAUCGCUGGGUCGGUUUUCGGUGGGGUCGCGGGAGUGGGCUCCACGACCACCAAUUUGGCCUGGGGCCGGGGCCGUGGCGGAGGCCAGAACCGAGGAGGGCGGGGCAGUGGGUGGGGAGGAGGAAGAGGAAGAGGACGAGGGGCCCUGUUGCCAAGGGCCAAUGCAGACCACCCCGGCCGGCUGGAACGGCUGGAGGCUGCAUUUUCCCAGCAGCAGGAGACCAUUGCUCGCCUCCAGCAGGAGAAUGCCGAGCUGUCGCGCCUGCGACUCCAAGAGGGGAGCGCAGAGCAGGUCAAUGAGGAGCCGACUGCUGCUCUCUCUAUCGCAGACGGCCUUGAUGCUAGAUUCGACAUCAACAUACAUGUAUCUCGACUCCGAGGCAGAGGAGAUGACGAAGAGUCCCUCUCAGUAGAUGUAUCGGGAUGUUCGGAUGGAUCAUCCUUUAUUAGUGCAUAUCUCCAGAUCCUGUAG